GCGUUAAAUCGUUUGGUUGGGUGUCCAGGGUUGGGUUCGCGUUCAUCGAAACGAAAAGAGUCAGUAAGCGAACGGAAAGCUAAAGCGAAAGUGGUGUUAAUCAUUUCGAUUUUUUUAAACAACAUACACAUAAUAUAUAUACAUAUAUAUAGAUAUAUUAUACAUAUUUUCCUUUCUUGAAUACACAAAACCAGAGUGCGUCCCAAACAUGGCUUCCAUAAAUAACUUUGCGAAAAUAACAAAAGACGAACGAGAAGAACUCAAAGAACAUUUCAAUACGAUCGACAAAAACAACGAUGGUUACAUAGAUUUAAAGGAACUAAAGGUAGCUCUGGACGUUUGUGGUUUUAAAAUCCCGGGAUGGAGAGUUAGGCAAAUGGAAGAAGAAUUUAAGAACAAGCCUGGAUACAUUAAACAAGGAAAAUUAACUUACGACGAAUUCGAAUCGCUUUGUGCCGAAUUGAAAUCGAACGAGGUCGCUAGCACUUUCAAGCAGGUUGUCACUAGGAAAGAAAAUUUGCAACACAUUGGGGGUACUUCCGACGCUUCAAAUGAAGGAACCACGCAUUCCGUUCGCGUUGAGGAACAAUUGGCAUUUUCCGACUGGAUAAAUACCAAUUUAAGUCGCGAUCCCGAUUUGGGACACUUACUACCAAUCGAUGCUCAUGGUAAAACUUUAUACGACAAAGUUAAAGAUGGUAUUUUAUUAUGUAAGGUAAUAAAUCAUUCUUGCCCGGAUACAAUCGAUGAGCGUGCAAUAAAUAAAAAAAAUUUAACUCUUUACACAAAAUUAGAAAAUUUAACAUUAGCCCUUUCUUCCGCCCAGUCGAUCGGGUGUAACGUCGUAAAUAUAGACGCUCACAGUCUUUCAAAAGGAACGCCUCACUUAGUGCUGGGUUUAGUUUGGCAAAUAAUCCGUAUCGGUUUGUUUAAUCAAAUCACAUUGGACCAAUGUCCAGGUUUAACCCUUCUUUUAACCGAUGAAGAAAAGAUCGAAGAUCUAUUAAAAUUGUCACCGGAAUCCAUCUUGUUGCGUUGGGUCAACUACCAUUUGGAGAGAGCCGGCGUGAAUAGGCGUAUCAAUAAUUUUCAGGGAGAUAUCAGUGAUUCCGAGAUCUAUACUCAUUUAUUGAAACAAAUUGCUCCCACUGAGUCUGGUGUUAAUACCGAAGCAUUGUAUGAGACUGAUCUUCACGAAAGGGCCGAGAAGAUGUUGCAACAAGCUGCUAAAUUGAAAUGUAGAUCGUUUGUAACGCCACAAGAUGUGGUUAAUGGUGUUUAUAAAUUAAAUUUAGCGUACGUAGCUAAUUUGUUUAAUAAUUAUCCUGGGUUGGAUCAAACUAACGGUACUGUAGAGUAUCAAACUAUCGAGGAAACACGUGAAGAAAAAACAUAUCGUAAUUGGAUGAAUUCAAUGGGUGUUAGUCCACAUGUAAAUUGGUUGUACUCUGAUUUAGCCGAUGGCUUAGUAGUUUUUCAACUGUAUGACAUCAUUAAACCGGGAAUUGUCAAUUGGAAUCGUGUCCACAAGAAAUUCUCGAAUCUCGGGAAGUUUAUGGAGAAAUUAGAAAACUGCAACUACGCCGUUGAAUUGGGUAAAUGCAUUAAAUUUUCUUUGGUUGGCAUUGCCGGUCAAGAUAUCAACGAAGGAAACGUUACGCUCACUUUGGCCCUGAUCUGGCAAUUGAUGCGAGCUUACACGUUAUCGAUUUUGUCACAACUUGCCGAAAAUAGAAAUCCAAUCGUCGAAAAGGAAAUUGUUACCUGGGUCAAUAACAAAUUAAACUCGGCCGGAAAACAAUCGUUUAUCAAAAAUUUCCAAGAUCCGGUUAUCGCCGACGGAAAAGUUGUUAUCGAUCUUAUUGAUGCAAUUAAACCCGGCGCGAUCAAUUACGAUUUGGUUAAAUCAAGUGGAUCCGAAGAGGAUAAUUUGGCUAACGCAAAAUAUGCAAUAUCGAUGGCACGUAAAGCUGGUGCUAGAGUAUACGCUUUGCCUGAAGAUAUAAUUGAAGUGAAGCCAAAGAUGGUGAUGACGGUUUUCGCUUGUUUGAUGUCUUUGGAUUAUGUACCGAAUAUGGACAGCCAAACGCAGCAGCAAGAGUAAACGCUGAUAAUCGACGUGAUUAAGACGUCAUUUUCCCCAUAUUCAACCACACUAUUACUACUAUAAGCUUAAUUUUUUGUCGUAAAUUACCGUUUAUUCUUAUUUUUUUGUAUAAAUUUGUUUGUGUCUGUGAUCCAUGAAAAGUUUCGGCAUGAUCAACAAAAAUGGCCCAUUUUUUCUCUUUGGAUUCCGUGCAAUAAAAAAUGAGGAAAUGGUAAUACUAUUUUAAAUUAUAAUUCUUUAAUAUUUUCUUGCAACUGACAUUAAUUAACUUGCUAAUUACUAUUAUUUUUUACUAUGAUUAUUAUUAAUUGUGAAAUUGUGUUACCGUAAACAAGUACGUAACAUUCCUGUCGAGCAUUUGUAUAAUAUUAUAUAUUUUUUUAUUAUGUAUUAUAUAUUUUUGAACAUUUAUUAAUUCUUUUCUAGAAUUUAAGAUUUAAGUAAUAUAUAAUUAGAAGGUAUAUAUAUUUUUUCCUCUUUAAGAUUAUUCGUUAUUAUUAUCUUUUUAUCCUGGGAUGUAUUUACAUUGAAAUUAAUUUUUUUGCUAGAUUAAAUUUUUCUUAGAAUACAUUCCAACUUUUUAUUAAUAGAAGCGAAAGUAUAGAUAGUACAUUCCAAAAUAAUCAUACAAAUAAUAACAUGGAUAUCAUGACUGCUCCACCUUGGGUAGGAAACGACUAACCUAAGUGCCAUUUAUAUUAUACAAUUUUUUAAAACUUGUAUAAAAAUGCAAAAGUAAAAAAAAAA